AUGUUCUUCAAAUUUGUAAAAAAUAUUUUUUUGAUUUAUUUAGUAACGAUAAAUAAAUUAUUAUCAAAUUUUCUAGGAACAGCAACAAAUGAUAUGAAACAAAUGCCGACAACACAGGAAUGGGAGAAUGAUCCGAGGACAAUUGAACUUCGUAAACAGUUAAAUGAUGCUCUCGAUCGUGAACGCACUUCUCAGCACAAACUUCAAAAGACUGUUGAUGAGUUGCUUGAUGCACGUUUAGAGAUUGAUGUUAAAAAUGCAAAAAAUGAGCGUUUAGAGAAGAGACUUAAAAACGCAAAUGAUGAAUUGGCUAGUUUGCGUGAACAAUUGGAUCAAUCUAUGGAUCACCGUGAAACACUUGAAAGACAACAAUUCGAAUUAAAUUUAAAGGAAUCCAGAAAAAGGACAGAAUUACAGAGAGAAUUGGAAGCUAAAGAGGAUGAAAUGGAGGAAAUGAGAAUUCAAUUUCAACGUAAAAUUCGAAAUCUCGAAUCGACUUUGGACGAUGCUCAACUUGAAAUUUCGUCUCUUCUUAAACAGAAAAAAGCUGCAUGGCAACGCAAUAGUCAGUCUGUUUCAAUGAAUGGGUCUUUGUUGGAUUUGGCUCAAAAUAGCAAUUCACCUGAGAAUCGAACUUUGAAAGGAAAAUUGGCUAGAGCUAUGGCUUUAAUACAAAGUUCAAAAAUUCAUUUUGACAAGGAUUCGUCGUUUGAAGAAAAUUCUCAAUUGAGAAAUUUAAAAAAUAAUUUGGGUGUGAAGUUCCGUAUUUUCUUCAGUUUGCGGAGGGAGUGA